AUGACCUACCUAUACCCUCCUGAAAACGACGACGGCUUCAGUCCACUUCAUAUAGCAGCGUCUAAUAAAGAUAUCGUCGGUCUCAAAGCGCUACUCGACCAGUCUCAAGACUGCAUCAAUUCGCGCGACCCCUGGGAACACACACCUCUUCAGAUUGCGGUUCAGCUGAAUGAUCUCCCCGCCGUUCAACUCCUACUUUCUCACGGCGCAGACCCAGACCUUCCAGUCCCAGAUAACUACUCAUAUCUUGUUGACGGGUCAAGUUCGCUCAGUCUAGCGGCGACUUGUGGUCAUGUCAAAGUUUGCCAACUGUUGGUGGAAAAUUCAGCUCGUGUGACCUCGAAACCACUUUACAUGGCAGCCGAGUUUGGAAUGUUGGAAUGUGUUGAAUUCUUACUAUUAUGGUUCGCGAAGAAAGAAGGAACACUGUGUGAUGAUGGAGUUGCGAAGACCAAGGCAAUUGGGACCGCGCUACAGAUCGCUGCGGGAGGGUGGAGAAGUGAAAUCGUUGAGGUCAUACUGCGUGAUAGAGAAAUUGAGAGAAGGCUUUUAGACCGAGCCUUGUCGUGGUCAAUAGUGGAUGAAGACGAGCAUUACGACGACUUUCAUGUCAAGAACUCAGUGCCUAGGAAGACACCAGUAGGAAUAGGAAAGCGAAUCAGCACGGUUAAGUUAUUGCUUGAUGCUGGAGCUGACCUUGAUGCCAACACAGAAUUCCUUGGGCUCCAGCGCAUGACUCUCCUCCAUCAAGUUGCUGUAUUAGGCAGUCGAGGAAAGGAGAUUUUCGAUUUAUUCCUUGAGAAAGAGCCAGAAAUAAAUCCGGAAGAUGAAGAUGGACAGACACCUCUGUUCCCAGCAGUUUUGGCAGAUGAUGUUUAUUUCGCCGAGAAACUUAUUGAGAGAGGUGCAAAGGUCGAUCAUACCAACAAGGAGGGGCGUACAGUGCUACAGAUCUCGACAGGUAAUCUUUCGUCUGCUUGCAAACCUAUUGUUUCACUCCUCCUUGACCACGGGGCGGAUAUCUCUGCUCUAACGCAGGCAGGAGAAACCAUUCUCCAUCUUGCAGCACAUCAUGGCAAUCCUGCAGCGAUGGAGAUUUUCACUCGAUACUUAAACGCCCCAAUGCUCUCAGCUAGGACUCCAACUGGUUUCACACCCCUUCACUGCGCAGUUAAUGGGUACAACGCCCCUCCAUGCAUCGCUGUUGUCAAGUUCCUUCUCUCUCAAGGAGCCGACAUCAACGGGCCUACCAAUGGCGGCCGCACGAUUUUGCACCUCGCUGUCACUAGUAGCUUAAUCGACAAAAUAGACUUAAUAUCAUUUUUGCUAGAACACGGUGCCGAUGUGAAUGGCUAUACACAUAAGGUACUCGCGAAGUCGGAGACUCCAAAAACGGAAAUCGUAGACUCACCACUCCAUCUCACUCUCGACAUCCUAGACACCCACCGAACAGACUUCAAUAUCAUACAUCUCCUCUUAGAAAAAAGCGCCGCGCUCGAAACUAGAGAUAGCACAGGGAAAACGGCACUUCUUCGUUGUGUGAUCGGACGGGAAACUACUCCGCUCAGACGAAGAGUUGUGCGGGAGUUGGUUAGGAGAGGAGCGCAUACUGAGGCUGUGGAUAAUCGGGGAAGUGGAUUUGAUGCUGAUGUUUGGUGUGUGGAGGAGGUUGUUAGAGCUUUUGUGGUUGAUAGGGGGAGAGGGAGGGGGAGAGAGAGAGGCAGAGGUGUAGGUUUGAGUGCUGUGGGUGGUUUGGGUGAAGAUUGA